UUUCUAAGUCACCUGAUUCAUAGGCUACACUGCCAUUUUACACAUGAAGUUUAAGUGAGAAAAAAAAUGAAUAAUCGACUACCUAACAAAAAAAUGUUUGUAAAAAGAUUAAAUGCAUUCAGAAUAAACCAUAUGGAGCACGUCAAUUAAAGGACAUGGAAAAACUAGGAGGAGUCACUGCUACAAGACCUCGAUACGAACAGAGGGGAGCUUGAGAGAAAAUACAUUCAUAUGCUAUUUUGUAACGUCUUCAAAAUUAGUCUAGCCCCAAUCAUAACCAGAGAGAACGUCGCGUGAUCACCGGCCGAGGAUUGGUAGGCUAACUAAUCAAUGAUUGUCUCUCUCCUGAUGCUCAAUUGUAUUCAUGCAGGCUACUGUUGCGGCUGUACACUCUAACCGGAAUCACCAUUGGAAAGCUAUUACGCGGAUAUAUUGUAGCAUCGCGACCUCCGAACGAAACAUUCUGAGCUGAUAUUGGUGUGGGUCGUUGGUUUUAGGUUUUUGUAUGUGUAUUUGUGAGGACAAUUGGAUUGCCAUUUCGUUGACUGAAUGUAGCCGUCAAUUUUAUUUGGCCGCCGUAUGAAUUCUCCCAUCGGAUUCGCGUCAGUGUACGUUUUUGUUUUCAGACGGGCAGUUUGUUUAGAGGGCACCCUCUCUAUCACAGCUGAAGACAAUUUGAUUUCUGAUUCCCCAAUCACUGCUUCUGGAAUAUGUCUGGACAGUCUAUCACGGACCGGAUCGCUGCGGCUCAGCACAGCAUGACCGGAUCCGCUAUAAGCAAAGCCGUCUGCAAGGCCACGACGCAUGAAGUCAGCGGACCCAAGAAGAAACACCUUGACUACCUGAUCCACUGCACCAACGAGCUGAAUGUGAGUGUCCCCCACCUGGCUGACACGUUGUUUGAGAGGACGGCUAACAACAGCUGGGUGGUGGUGUUCAAGGCCCUCGUCACCACGCACCACCUCAUGAUGUACGGCAACGAGCGAUUAAUCCAGUAUCUGGCGUCCAGAAACACACUUUUUAACCUGAACAACUUCUUGGAUAAGGGAGCAUUACAAGGUUAUGACAUGUCAACGUUCAUCAGACGCUACAGCAGGUAUCUGAAUGAGAAGGCCAUGUCCUACAGACUGGUGGCUGUGGACUUCACCAAGAUGAAGAGAGGGGUUGACGGUGUGAUGCGCACCAUGACGGUUGAGAAGCUGAUCAAGACUCUACCGAUCAUUCAGAAUCAGCUGGAUGCACUGCUGGACUUUCAGGCUAACUCUAACGAACUGACCAAUGGCGUCAUCAACAGCGCCUUCAUGCUGCUCUUCAAAGACUCCAUCCGCCUCUUUGCUGCGUACAAUGAAGGAGUCAUCAACAUGCUGGAGAAAUAUUUUGAUAUGAAGAAGAACCAAUGCAAAGACGCCCUGGAGAUUUACAAGACGUUUCUGAACAGAAUGACCAAGCUGUCAGAGUUUCUCAAAGUUGCAGAGCAAGUUGGAAUUGAUCAGGGUGACAUCCCCGAUCUCACACAGGCCCCUAGCAGCCUCCUGGAAGCUUUGGAGCAGCAUUUGGCCUCUCUGGAGGGGAGGAAAAUCAAGGAGCUCUCCACAGCCACCAGAGCUAACACCUUGUCCAGUGCUGUGUCGUCACUGUCCAGCACUGGAAUCUCCCUCAGCCGCAUGGACGAGAAGGAGGACGAGAACAGGCUGAAGGACGAGGGAGCCAAGGUGAUUGACGUGCAGACGCCGACCGUCUCUCCCAGCUCCCAGUCAAUGGGCAGUGCCAACGGCAGCAGUGGGGUCACAGACCUCUUCUCCAACUCAUCUGUUGUAUCCGUUACAAAUAACGUGCCAAAUCUCACCAGUGACUUGUUCAACCUCCAGCCCACCUUCAACCCGAAUAUCCAGACCACACACACUGUGCCGUCUAACAACAACGCCUGGGGAGGUUUUGGGCUCCCAGGGGACCUGUUGAAGCCAGCUCAGCCCACACACAUCCACAGCCCUGGAAUACAACUGCAAUCUGGGGGGAAGAUGAUGCCCACUGACCUGGACUCCUCCUUAGCCAACCUUGUUGGCAACUUGCAGUUCGGAGGAACACCAGCCAAAAAGCCAGAGCCCCAGUGGGCCCAGCUGGUAGAGAAGAAGCCCACAGGAGGGACUCACUGGCAGUCCAAAACCUUGUGCACCAGCCCCAACUGGAACCAUCAUGCCCCCAUGGCUCCUCAACCUAUGCCCAUACCACAAAUGAAUGGAAUGAUCUAUACUGGCUAUGCUCCAGCUCCAGUGGCUUUUCCUAUGACGACACCUCAAGUGCCUGUUUAUGGAAUGAUGCCUUCUCAUCAAAUGGGGCAGAUGGGUGGAGUCCCUAUGAUGGCACCACAGCAUAUGAUGUACAACCAACCUGUCCUUCGGCACACCAAUCCAUUCGCUCCCAUGCCAGGAGCCCAGGCUUAUUUUCCUAUGCAGAUGCACUUCAUGUAGGACUGGGAGCAUCUUACCAUGACAGUAAAAGCAGAGAGACGAACCAAUCCAGAACCAAAUGCAAUGCGAGGUGGAAGAGAGAAAGGAGCAGAAGACAGUGGUGGAGACAGACCGGUGAUGUGCUGGUGUCGGUGCUCUUUCAGUGGCCUCCCUGUGGGAUGGAACCUCUGUUACAUUCUGCAUCAUGGCUGAUAUAAGAGUCCCAUCCAAAUCCUUUGACAAGUCACAGCUCACAUUCAUUCUGUAUUUGAUUUGCUCAUUUGAAUGGGUAUCAUUCCCACCUGUUUGAACCCAUGCUAUGACGACAGCUGCAUUCCAGUUUGGAGCUUGGCCCCUUUGCAGUGAAUUCUAGACAACAAUCCGUCAGUGUCAAUGGACAUCUCUUUCUCUGAUAGUUUGCACGCACUUUAAUCAAAUGUGAACUUUGCCACGGGUGUACAUACUCAUUGUCCAAUUAGGAUCUCAUACAAACCACUAUAACACUCCUACUCCUCCUUUUCUCCCCAAUGUUCAUGUCAGAGUUGCGGAAGCUACCGUUUUCAUGCGUUUCAAUCGAUGUUCACCAAACAUUUUGGAGUCGACUCCGUAUUCAUUCCAUUUUUUGUUGUUGUUUCACAACCAGUUAUAGUAUUGGAUAAAUGGCUUGGAGACACAUGGUUUGUGUACGCGUGUGCAUGUACAGUAUAUCUGUCUGUGUUCAUCUGCGGUGCACUCUGAUCUAAAUGUACAACCACUAUUGUGUCAUGUUUUCUUCGGUUCCUGUGAAAGCCAUGAUCUGCGUGGCGAGGGCUGCCCACUGUACUCUGUUUUUAAAUGGUGUGCUCCAUGCCAACAUAGACCUACGGUGUAUUCCUAUGAAAGAAAUGAAGGCGGCCCACUCAUUUCAUACGGAACCGUCGUAGGUCAUGACACGUUCUGCCUCUGCCGUGCCACCCGUUGUUCAUUCUGCUCGGUGCUAUUUGAGGUUGUUUUUAAAAAAUACGUGAUCCAUGUUCCUUUAGCUACCACAACGGAGCAUGGAACUUCCCGCCAUCGGAUUUUGCUUCUGCUCUUUGAAACCGAUACACUGUCCUUGUAACGGUCCUGCCCCCCCAUGUCAGUGAGUAAACGUUGGGAGAGUGUUCUUUGUGUUUCUUCUCGUAUCGCUCCAGGUCGAUGCCCAAUGAGUUGUCGCAUGUGUCAUUGUUGUGUUUCUGAGUGGCAGUGUGUUGCGGUGUAGCUCCCCACCAACCCUUGGAGAAUGUUGUUGAGGAGCUCGUUUCUGAGAGACUGCUUCGCGAGACAGUGAAACUGACAAUCGCUCCAGUAAGUCAGCAACUAUCUGCCACGCUCCAACUCCAGCCCCAGAGAGAGCCCUAGCUUGCUGUCCUGGACAUUUUUUUUGUUUGCCGGAGGGCAGAGGACAAGCGAGGAGGAAAGUAGAGAGAUCUGUAAAUGUGAUCGAGGGUCAUGUCUGUCCAGAAACUCCCCGGUGUGUGUAAACCGUGACAGACAGACGACAUAUAUAGCACAAACCCUGGAGGGGGGCGAGCGUUUUACUGCACAAAACUGAAACCAUUGCUGGGAUGUACAGUCAAAGGGGCUGGGGGAAAUCCUUGUUUUUCUAUUUAUUGUGUUUCUAUAUGUCCAUGCCCUUCCCAGUGAGAUAAACAGGGUAGUGUUCCUCAACGAGGCCUCCCAGCUUCUGGUCCUCCGAGGUCAGUGGGGGUCACUGAAGCCAUCCAGGCCAUCUGGUAGUGUCUAUUUAGCCAUGAGUAGUCGAGUGUCGUAACGUGUCUCAAUACAAGUCGGUCGUCUGUUAGAUUUGCUAUAGAGCCUCUCAUUCUGCUAAUCAUGGGCUCUGUCAAGACUACCGCAUUCCGAUGCCCUGUGACCGGCUUACAUUUUGUAGAUGUUCUUUGAAACGUAAUUCUGUCUCAAUGUCACCUGUGUCAAUUGAAUGCUUUUAUGCAAGUUCACGCUGUCCCAUAGACCAAUUCUGACUGUUACGCUGUCCUCUGUAUGUAACCUUGUAUGUUUUUUGACAUGUGCUCUCUCUGUAAGUGAUAGCCCCAUUGGGAGACGGGGGUUGUUUAUUGCCGUGUCUGUGGUUGCGGGUCAUUGUGCUUGGCGGUGUCAUGGGGUGUACGUCUGUGAUGUUUGUGUAUAUCUUGAUUGGGGGGGUGUUAGGUUCAACAGUAUCACAACUGGUCUACCAAGAGUGUCUUCAUUGUGGCAGUGGACACUGUCCUCUCCGUAACAGGAACAUUUUGCACCAAAGUCAUCAAGCGCAGCUUUUUCUCCGCGGUCACAUUGCUGAUAUCCAAUUUGGAGGAAUUUGAUUUCAGCGACAAGUCUCUUCUUGCAUGAUUAGUGUUGUCUUUUUCUAUUGACUUGUGUGCCCGGUAAAGAGCAUGAUCAUAUGUGAAAUUUCACUUACCGGUGUGUUUGCAAAUGUUUAGGAAUUUCUCCAUGAGAUUUUGACUUGCCUCUUUUACAUUAGCGUUCAUAAAUGUGUGUGUCCCACCAGAUAUAACUGUCUUUUUUUUUUUUUGCAUUUGAAAUGCAAUUUAAAUACCUAUUCAGUUACGAGACCACACAUUUUGUGAAACAUGAAUAUAAAUGCUAUGCAUCACCUAGCUAGCUAGACAUUCAAGUCUUGUAAACCCCUCCUUGUUGAAACGUUGCUAUUUUCAAUACAUUUGAGCGCUUGCUCUUUUUCUUUUCUUCCAAGUAUGUUCAGUCUUGUCCCUCUUCCAUUGGAUCAUGUCAUUCUCUGCCAAUAUUGGUCAUCUUCCUUUGCGCUUGCAGUGGAAAAUCUCGCUCCCUGAUCUUUUAGCCACUGAAAGAUGUCAACGUGCAUUGUCACUUUUUGCCCAAUGUACUCUGGCGAUGUAUAAUGUACAUUUAUGCAUAUUUAACAAUAUGAGCACAGUAUACCUAUCUGUUGGUUACUGUGUUCUACUCCAUAUUGCCCAUCUGAAAUCUUUUUUUCUUGUGAUGAAACGAAGCAUUGUCCAGGAUGUCCUGUUUUUGGAACUGAGGCUCCAUACCUUUUUUUUUUUUUUUUUUGAGUACAUCAAAUGGAUUGAUAACACAAUACACUGUAUUGUCAAUGCUAAAUUACAUUGUUAUAAACAAUUGGUUUUCUUUUAAAUGCAGAGGUUGUUGUUUUUGGAAGACAAUUGAAUAAAAUGUCAAAUGUU